AUGUUAGUUAUAACCGCAUAUAGAUGGUACGCCCGGAACCCUGUAGUAACUGUGAUCGAAAGUACGCAGGGUGCUAUUUGGGAUGUGCCCUUCCCCGCAGUCACUGUUUGCGAUAUUAACGUCAUAUCAAAGAAAGCGGCCCGGUCUCUAUCAAAUAACUUGACCUUGCCACCGCAUGUAACACCGGACUAUGUCUUUAAGGCUUUAAAGCUAAUACCUCUUUUAUUCCUUGGGACCAUAAAGGAAAAAGACAAAGAGCAACUGAACAUACUUCAAGAUAUAAUCGAUACUAAUGGCAUUACGCUUAAGACCUUGUUCACAACGUUAUCACCGACAUCCUCUUGCGAUAAUCUGAUUCAACGUUGCAUGUGGAAGAAUAUAAUGUACAGAUGCGAUCAGCUGUUUCAACAGGUGACAAUAAAAGUAGGCACGUGCUGUUCCUUCAACUACUUUGCUAUCGAUGAUUUAGACAGUCAUGCAUCAAAACUCUCGACUCUCCCCGAGAGUAGAGAUGCAUCGUUAAUUGUUUCGCUACCCUUCCAUUAUAGAAACCUGGAUUUAUUGCAAAUGUCUACCCCUCGCCGAGUAGCCUCUUGUGGAUAUCAGACAGCAUUGACAGUGCUGUUGAAAGUAGAUGUUGAUGACUACUACAGCUCAGGGAUAGCAUCGCAAGGAAUAUUGGUGUUCAUAGAUAAUGCCUACAAUAUACCUGACCAAGAUACGCCCGCUAGAAUGGUUUCUCCAUCCACUGAGGUCUUGAUUGCAUUAGCGCCUGAACGGACUUAUAGCACUUCGGGAAUUAAGGCUUUCACGCCUGAACAACGACAGUGUUAUUUUCACAACGAGGUGACUUUAGCAAAUUUUAAACAAUACUCGUUUCACAACUGUAUGGUGUUCCAACGCAUACUUACAAUUCAAAGCGAAUGUGGUUGUGUGCCUUGGUUUUUUCCAGAACAAGACGGCUAUCGCGUCUGCAACUUCAGAGAUAUUGACUGUAUAGAGACCCUUCCAGAACGUCUUUCGAUCAAAGAUUUAGUAAAUAUGCCGAGAUCUAUACGGUGUUUGCCGGAGUGUGAGCAUUAUGACUAUCCGUUGGAAGUUGCGAUGGGGAAAUUGAGCUCCAAAGUACCUUUGAAUGGCUUGCCGUUUUUUGAAAAUGUGAACAUAGAAAAUUCAUCAGUACUUAAUAUUUUCUUUAACGAUUUGGUGUCUACAAGAUAUCGACGGGAUGUUUAUCUCAACUGGCAAAAUAUAUUAGGUAAUGUUUUAACUACUAAACCAAGAUGCAAGCAUAUUUAA